AUGUACGUCAUAGCCAUCUUGGGGAACUUCACCAUCCUGUACAUUGUGAUAACAGAGCCGAGCCUCCAUGGGCCCAUAUACUAUUUUCUCUACAUGCUGGCAGUCACGGACCUGGUCCUGCCUACAUCAGUUGUGCCCAAAACGCUGAGCAUCUUCUGGUUCAAUUCCAGGGAGAUCGAUUUCAGUGCUUGCCUCACUGAGAUGUACUUCAUUCACUGCUUCUCAGUGAUGGGGUCUGGAAUCCUCGUGGCCAUGGCUUUGGAUCGCUACGUGGCCAUCUGCCAUCCCCUGAGACAUUCCACCAUCCUGGCAAAACCCGUGGUGGCCAAGAUCGGUCUGGCCGUGGUGCUGCGCGGCAUCAUGCUCGUACUGCCCCAUCCCUUCCUGGCAAGGCGGUGGCCACAUUGUAGAAUCAACAUCAUCACCCACUCGUACUGCGAGCACAUGGCCAUGGUGAAACUGGCCUGUGCUGACAUUUGCUUCAGUAGUUACUACGGACUCUCUGUGACAUUCUUGGUGAUGGAUCUGGAUGUUUUUUCUAUCAUUGUGUCCUAUAUCCAGAUCCUCAGGGACAUCUUCAGCCUCCCCACAAAGGACGCCCGGCUCAAGACUUUUGGGACCUGCAGCUCCCACCUCUGUGUCACUUUAGCCUCUUACAUCCCACCUCUCUUCUCCUUUCUCACGCACCAAUUUGACCACAAUGUGCCCCUGUAUUUCUAUGUUCUUAUGGGCAAUGUGUACCUCCUGGUGCCCCCAUGCUAA